AUGUUUCCUCGGAGACUGGGCAGAACCCCUUUUUUUGCCUCCUGCCAGCUGCUGGCCGUCAAUCCUUGGCACUCCGUGGCCUACCUCAUCACUAUUGUGACUCUGUGGUUCCCGGGGAGGGACCUGAGGCCCAGAGGGGAUCCCAGAGCUGCCCAAGGUCACCCCACAAUUCUGGAGGCCAGAAGUUCAAGGUCAGGGUGUCAGCAGGCCUGGUUCCUUUGGAGGGCUGUGAGGGUUUCACAGAGGUGGACUGUGAGCCUCAGAGGCAUUCGAGAUGCCUGUGGUUUGAGCUGGCCGGAGGCCUGUCUGGGAGCCAGGAGGCCCAGGUGUCCUGGAUGUCCUCCCGUCAAGCCCUGGGCCCGGGGCCAGCCCUCUCUUCCAGGAAACACUUGGCCAGGACCCGGGAAGAACCCGCCGGCAUCCCUUCCGGGUACGUGGGCCAUCCACCUGCGGGCCCUAGGCCAGGCCUCCUGUGAGGCCAGCCCCCUGUGCCGCCCAGACUCCCUUCCUGUCUUUGACGGGGAAAUGCAGAGCUUUUCUGCACCCAGCCCACCACCACACAGACUUCGCCGGGGACAAGAGAGGACUGUGCGGCACAGAGGUGUUUCCUCGGUCACUGUCCUGGCAGAUGGUGCCCAUGGGGGCAGAGGCCCAGGAAGAGGUGUCUCACCCGAGGACACUGUGGGAGCCGUGGCCGCACUGAGCCUGGAGCCCCGGAGCCGGGCACCGUCCAUUGAGGUCACGCGGGAGCUGGUUGGACACGAAGACUCUCAGGCCCUGCCCCAGACCCACAGACUCGGAAUCCGCACUGUAACAAGAGCCUGGCUGAUCCGUGUGCCCGUUACAGACGCAGGGUGAGCGUGUCUGGGCAACUGCACGGAGGUGGAUGAGGAGCUGCGGGUGAUGCCAGCCCCCCGGGGCAGCACCUGCGCCUGGCUCUGGAACUCUCGGGGCGUUGGCUCCUGCCGUCAGCCAGGCCUGCGCACGGUCACAGCCGCGCUGGCGAGUGAGUGCUGAGCUGGAAGCAGGCCCCAAGUCCCCUGUGAGCCUAAAUCUCCCCGGGGGGAGUCAGGAAUCUGAGCCAAUACGUGAGGAGAAAACUGGAAUUGGCCAGGCCGACCUGGGAGCAGCGGG